AGCGGCACUGGAGAGGUGACCUUGGGCUUUGGUGACAAGGUUCGCCUGACAUCUAACAAAGAAUUUGAGAAUAAGUGUAGCAAGAGCAUGAUCUACGUCGACUACGAACGCAUUGUUCACGUGCUUCACGAGGGAUCUAAAGUCUUCAUCGACGACGGUCUCAUCUGCCUCGUGGUACAACAGAAAGGUCCUAACUACCUGGAUUGCGUUGUUGAGAACGGCGGCAAGUUGGGUUCUCGCAAGGGCGUCAACCUGCCCGGCGCACCUGUUGACCUACCAUCGAUGUCGGAAAAAGACAAAGAGGACUUACAGUUUGCAGUGGACAAUAAUGUGGGUGUUGAUGAAUUUAUUCCUGAUUUGGCUUGA